GCUCAGCACGCAUGCGCCGCCCACAGCCGGAACCUAAUGCGCGUGUGCAGCUCGACGGCGUCUGGAGUGUGCGCAUGCGCGCUGCCAUAGGAAGAGGAGGGGGCGGCGGGAGCGCGCAGAAGAUUGUUGUGGAGAGUGCGCGUUUCCGCGCAUUGUACCGGGGUUAUGACUGAGGAGGCUAUCCCCAUUUCAUAUGUUCCUUCACAGGAGAUGCACUGCAUUCUCCAUUGGUUUUCUGAAUGGACGGAACCACAGCGCAAAAGCUUCCUUCAGGAUAUGGUGUGUAAAGCAGUGCCUGGGAAGCUCUGCUUACUCCUUGAGGGAUUGGGCUCAUUGAAUCUUUCUGCAGCACCACCUAGCAUCUUUCAAUGCCAAAUGAGACUUUGGGAUCAAUGGUUCCAGGGCUGGGAUGAGGAUGAAAGGAAUGAAUUUAUACGACGAUUGGAGCAGCAGGAUCAAGAUUUUGUAGCAUUGUUUUACAAGGAGGUUGCUGGGACUGCAGGCAAGGCCUGAUGGGUAACAGCUUGGAUGUAUGCUGAGAAAGUUAAACAUCAAACAUGGGAGUGAUUUGAGGAAGUACUAUUGGAGUUGAUGAAGGGAAUAUGAAAGACAUAUUGGACUUGAAUCAGAAUAGUAUUGCAAGAUUCAGUGAAUCUCAGAAAUGUUUUACUCCACUUUUGCUACUACUUAGAAGGUGUAAAAAUUGUUUUUAUAGCUAGAAUAUGUUGCUAUAAAAUGAACAGGAGGAGUCCGUUUUGUUACACCUAACAGAAAUGGCUUAAAUUAUGAAGCAAUUAUUAUAUUUGGACAAUUCUGAUAGUCUACUCUUCUAAUCUGUAUUUGAAGACGUUUUGAUUUGUCCUAAUGUAAAAGUGAUGGGAUUCUCCUUUUAAAUCCUGUAUUUGAAGUGAUUUUUUCUCUCUCAGACGCUCACUACAUAAUUCUUCUCUUUUGUUUCAACUUGUGAAUGAUAAAUGUCUCUAACUUGUAGAA